GGAGGAGCCCAGGUGCCUCUGACGGCGGCCGCAGGUGCUCUCAGUCGCUGCUCGGUCAGCUGCAGCGGGACCGGCCUGGAGGAAAAAGACGUGGAAGAUGAAGGGGCCCCACCGACGAGGGCGCGUGGUUGAGGUGUCGUGCUCCUAACCACUGAACAGAACAGUAUACAAAGUGGGGGAAAUGCUAUCAAAAACAAAGAUUUCACCUAAAUUACUGUAUUUUGGAUUAUUAAUUUUCAGGGCUGAUUUCUACAUUGGUUCCUUGGCUGUACAUAUUCCAUCUUGCAUUAGAAGCAGUAAUGGCAACCGAAUGCAUCAAGAACUGUUGUAGGGCAUGUUUGUGUAUUGAGAAAGAAAAGCAUGAUGUCUCCCUGGAGAAGGAAUCUGAAGUUGCAGCCAAGUACAGAUCAAAUAUUGUGGAGAAACCUCCCUUGUCUUCUGCAUCAGUGAAACUUCAGGUGGGCUGUUCAGAAGAUUAUCUUCUUUCCAAGCUUCCACCAGCUGGCAAGGAAGUACCCUUUGUGGUUCCUCAGUUCAAGCUUGCCUACAUUCAGCCCAAGAACUUUGGUAGUGGACAUCUUGGAGGAAUUCAAGGUUCUGCUAUAACAUCUUUUGGUAAUCGAAAAGCAGAACUUGCCAGUGCCUACCAGCAAAGACCCGUGGUUGAUGUGGUGUAUAACCCAUUCUAUAUGCAGCAGCAGCAGCCACUGCCUGCCUCUCCAGAUCUGACCCAGUGUCGCACAGAGAAAUUGGACAAUAGAAGACUAUAUGGCUCAGUUUGUGACUUAAGGAGUAGCACAUUGCCAGCCUCUGCUUCUCUAAGUCAUUCUAUGUUUGAUCUUACAAGUCCACCCCACCGAUUUAUUCAGAGAUAUGAUUCACUUUCCAGUGUUCCAAGCAGUACUUCUUCAAGGAAGGACUCACAAGGUAGCAACAGGAGUUUAGAUACUAUUACAUUAUCAGGCGAUGAAAGAGAAUUUGGCAGGCUAAAUGUGAAGGUGUACUACAUUCUUCCUGUGGAACAGAUCUGGAUCACAAUCUUGCAAUGCAAAGAUCUGAGCUGGCCAUCUAGCUUUGGAGAAAACCCUCACAUUUCCAUCAAGGGAAUCCUUACCUUACCCAAGCCAGUGCAAUUCAGGUCCUUAGCAAAAGAAGCUUCCAGCGAUAUUGAAUUCAUGGAGACUUUUGUGUUUGCAAUCAAAUUGCAAGUCCUGCAGAAUGCAAGACUACUGUUCAAAGUACAAGCUCAGACUCCUAGAAAGAAAACCAUAGGAGAAUGCAGCUUGCCACUGCAAGAGCUCAGCUCACAAGAAACUGACUACUGGUUGAUGAUAGCCCCUCCUUCGAAAUCUUCAGUGCAUCCUGCCAAACUGAAAAUAGGUACCUGUUUUCAAGCAGUAAACAGCCGGAUCCAGUUGCAAAUUCUUGAAGCCCAAGACCUUCCAAGCUCAUCCACACCAUUGUCUUCAAAUUUCUUUGUAAAGGCAGCAAUGCUUAGUGCUGAAGGACUGGUUGAUAAGAAGAAGACUCGGCUACUGAAAUCCAGCAAUAGCCAAGUGAAAUGGGGAGAAACUAUGAUUUUUCCAGUGAGCCAGAAUGAACAUGGCAUCAACUUUCUUAUCAAACUCUACAGCAAGAGCUCUGUGAGGAGAAAACACUUCCUGGGACAGGUCUGGCUAAGCACUGAUAGUAACAGUACUGAAGCUGCUGAUCAGUGGAGAGACACAAUUGCUAAUCCAGAAAAAGUUGUUGUUAAAUGGCAUGACAUCAGUCCAGCAUGAUGAUGCUUCAGACAGUACUUUUGGUACUGUGCUGGACUUGAUCCACGAGUCUUCUGCAUUUAUUUAAAAUAAACAGCCAUUGAAGAAGAGAAGAGAACAUAAAUGCCUACAUGGACUGUGUACAGCAUCACCUCUGAAAGAAAAAACAACAGAAGGAGCAGUUGUGCUGCCAAAAGUUAAGAUGUCUGUGGAAUUCAAAGGCCACCUGACUGACAAUUGACUAUAGCUUUUAUUCUCUAGAAGGAUUACAUAUAAAACGUUUAUUUAUAUAAAUCUAAAAAUAAAACCUCACCCGAUGCACUCUUCAAGAUUUCCAUAAAAUAUGACUUGGUGAGCUUCUUCUCAGAAAGACUUUUCCUUUUAUCAGAUGAGAACCGUGCCUCAGCUACCAUUUGUCUUUCUGAAAUUAUUCUUCAUUGUUGUAACUUAGCAAAAGAGGCAAAAUAGUGUUUUAGUAUUUAAAAUUUUGUAAGUUUUUGAAAGAUGCUUACUUAUUAUAAAGGGUGUUGGACUUUAGAGAGAGCUUAUAAAGAUCAAAAGACAUUUCUUGGCAAUCUUCCCCCAGCCCUUCCCACCAGAGCUGAACUGUGAAGUCUCCAUUCUUACUCCUUUCUCAUGUGGUUUAGUAACGGGUACAUCCUAGUGGGUUGCCAAUGAACCCCCAGGGCCAGCAGAAGAUCAAUGUAUGCUAAGGCUUCUUUUAAUUUUGUUUCUUUUCAAAAAGCAUGUCUCCAAGCAAAAUGUUUUGGUCCCAUCCUAAUCAGUCAUUUUGUGAGAAAUGAGUACUCCCACCUUCCAGAGCUUCUAGAUAAACCAGUGAAGGUUUCAUUGUGGUGGCUUGGGGGCUUGUAUGAGUGUUCCUAACUCAUGGGCAGCCAAAUUAUAUGUAUACUGGAGAUCUGCAAUGCCCCUGAACUGGAUCAUGCAUAUCCACUGACCUCAUUAUGGCAUAAUCAUGAUUAUGCUCCCCCCGCUGGUUUCCAGUUCAGUUAUUCUAAGCAACUACAUUCAUUUAGCAGAGGCAAAAAUUCUCCAAGGCACAAAGGAUUGUAAUGUACACUAGAAUGAAGCUAUGUUCUACUUCACUGCUUGACUUUGAUACAUUUGCCUAAAAGGUUGGCCACCACUGGAGUAAGCUCUAAACAGGAUCAUUCACCCAAGACUUUGAUCAGUGACAUUUGAAAUCAGCUUUCAUGGAGCAUUAAAUGGAGUAUCUUUCAUAUACGUGGAUCCGUAGCACCUCUCAUUAGAUCAGCAGCUCAUGCUGAACUUUAAUAAAGAGAGUUCAUUUUGCUAUAAAGCUGCUGAAGGGGGCAUUUGACCUAGUGUGAAUCCUAAUGCUGGCUGCCUCCCUCACAGAUACUACUUGUGUUUCUAGGUAACAAGGAUAUGCAAGGUGCUUAUAUGCAAGGAUCACAAUUGUUUGGAGCAUUUGAAAUGUUUUGCAACUAUGGACUAUUUGAAAUGUUUUGUAAUUACAACUACUGCAAUUGAAAUACUAUCUAUAGAUUAAAUUUCACAAGCUUUGUCAAUAAUAUGCAGAGUUCUUAUGCUUCUAAGGAGACAGUCUAUUUCACAGUUUAAAGUCUCCAGUUUAAAAAAGGCUAAGGGCUUUAGCAGAUGGCAAAGAACAAAAACAAAUACUUUAAAAAGUUUGUUUGCUUGAAAUAUGGUGCAUAAUAUUUUCAUUAUUGACAUCUGUAUUCCAAAAGCUGAAUUUCAGAGAGGGACUACAAUGUUCUUUGGGCAUCAGAAAUCUGUAUUGCAACUUCAUAUUCAGUAACUGAAAUAAAACUGGCAUCUAUUACUCUUGCUUACACCAAAAUUCGUGAUGAUGUACUCAUUUUGCCAACUGGAGUGGUGAUUAAAUGCUGUUCAUAUUAAACAGCUUAUAGU